AUGAGAUUCUUCUCCACUGUCUUGAUUGCCCUCGCAAUCAUCGCCGCUGUCAGCGCUUAUGACUUCAACGCCAAGAUUUUGAACGACCGCUUCAUCCAGAGCCACAACGCCAAGGGUGCCUCAUGGGUUGCCGGCCGUAACGCAAGAUUCGAGAGCGCCACCAUCGGUGACGUCGUCUCCUUGCUCGGAACCAAGAAGCCAAGAAACACUCCAGAGGGACCAGCCGUCGUUGCUGACAUCCCAGCCGCCUUUGACGCCCGUACCAACUGGCCAGGUUGCAUCCACGCCGUCCUCAACCAGGGCCAGUGUGGUUCAUGCUGGGCUUUCGGUGCCUCCGAGUCCCUUUCCGACCGUUUCUGCAUUGCCUCCAAGGGCGCCAUCAACGUCACCCUCUCCCCACAGGCUCUCGUCUCCUGUGACACCGUCCUCAACCAGGGCUGCAACGGAGGUAUCCCCCAGGCUGCUUGGGAGUACAUGGAGGCCAAGGGUCUGCCAACCUACGACUGUUUCCCAUACACCUCUGGCGCCAACGGCACCGAGCCACCCUGCCAGAAGACCUGUUCUGACGGCUCCACCUACACCCUCUACAAGGCCAAGACCCUCACCCUCCAGACCAUGAACUCCGUCUCUGCCAUCCAGGCCAACCUUGUUGCCUACGGCUCGAUCGAGGGAUCCAUGGACGUCUACGACGACUUCAUGACCUACACCUCCGGUGUCUACGUCCAGUCCCCAACCGCCAAGUACCUUGGAGGUCACGCCAUCAAGAUCAUUGGAUGGGGUCACGACGACGCCUCCAACCUCGACUACUGGAUUGUCCAGAACUCCUGGGGAACCGACUGGGGUAUGGAUGGUUUCUUCUGGAUUGAGCGUGGUGUCAACAUGUGUGGUAUCGACCGUGAUUCAUCAGCUGCCCAAGCCAACGUUUAA